AUGGGCUACAUGGACAUGGCGACGCACGCUGAAGAGAUGAGAUAUCCCCAGGAAGCCAAUACUACUUCUCUCUCGAUAGAGCCCACCCAGCCCUCGUCGCUCUUAAACCUAUUCCACCCGCCAACCAGCAACUCCACAGCGCCAUAUCCCCAGGACGCAGGUGCCGCCUUUUAUCAACCUCAAUCCAACCCUCACAUCUUUUCGGGGUACGACAUCCGUGCUCGCCUGGGCUCAAACAGCGCCGCAUCUACGGGAAUGGCACAUCCCCAUCCCCAUCCCCAUCGUACCUCAGGUCUCCCACACCCGGGUCAGCAGAUCAGCACCCGUGAGCAGUACACUCCGGCAACGCCAUCCUACAAAAGGGCGUCGGAGCACCCAUCGCGAUCCCCGUCUUUCCCCUUGAACACGCUUCGACGCAAUCCCUUGUCGCCCACUCCGAGCCCCAUUACCUCGUUCCCGGUCGGAGGGCCAAACAUGGGCUCCGCUCAGUUUUCCAACCGGGGUGCUCAGAGUAUUCCGCCUCUGCUGUCUGUCAACACAAUGGGUUCCCUCCAGUACCAAGAUGGCGCCGGCACGCCGGUCAAGGUUGACAUUACCGGAAUCAUUGACAAGGGUUUCUUCCUCUCCGACAACGAGUGGACCUGUUACCGGAGGAACUACUUCUCAUGUGGCUGCUCCUUCUCCCUGACCCCCUACAUGCCUGAUGUGUCAAUUCAAUUCACGGCCACGAAUUCAACCCAGACUGUUCAACUCUACGGUUUCGCAAUGUGCAUCUCAGCGGUCGUGUCAGACAAUGAACAGCACAACAUCGAUCUGGUUCAGCACACCCCCAAGAGAGACAAGGGACCCAUCAUGAAGCCUGAGAAGAUUCGGCUCGGGGUCAAGCCGCCCCAGCAGGGCCAUCACCAUCAUAUGGAGAUGUUCCCAAGCGCCGUGGUAUCCAGUCGUUACCCUGACAGCUUCACACCCGCCGGCGGCCAAACGCAUCCGACAGAACACACUUUUGAGCGUAUUCAGUUCAAGCAAGCGACUCAAAACAACGGCAAGAGAAGGGCUGCGCAGCAAUACUAUCAGCUCGUCGUUGAACUCUGGGGCGAUGUUGGAUCCCAGGCCCCCGGUGAACAGUUCGUCAAACUCGCCUGUCGAAAGUCUGCCAAGAUGAUCGUCCGCGGGCGAUCCCCUGGGCACUAUCAGAACGACCGGCGGGGGAGCCAAAGCAGCGGCCCCGGUGGUUCGUCUGGCAAUCUGAGCAGCUACGUCCCCGGUGGCAGCAUGAGCGACUUCAACCAGAACCCAAUGCUGGGGCCAUCGGCCUACCAGCAAGGAUUCGAUGGGCGGGGAAACAUUUACAAUGUUCGCCACCACGAUAUACCACCAGAGUCUAUAAUCCCUUCGGAAAAUGCAAAGGCGAUCGACACGGCGAAAGAGUAUCAAUACUAUCCAGGCGCCAUGUACGACGGGCAGAGUGACCGGAUCGAUCUCUUCAAUUCCCGCAGUGAGGCGGAGGCUGCCGUGCCCCACAUGGCCACUGGCAUGGACGUGAAUGGAAAAAUCAAGCACGAAUACGAUGGGGCUACUCUGCCUAGCAUCUUCCAUCCGCCGGGGCAGGUAAGCGAGCGCCGCCCAGGGCCGUUUGAUGGCAAGCCAAACACCAACGGCUACUAUCCGACCAUGGUUCCACCCCCGGGUGUCAACAUCACCAUGACUUGA